GUGGUUGAGUUAUGUAGUUGACAAGAAAGCGGAACUAGCUAACUAGCGAGCUAGCAGCACAGUAGCUAACGUUUAGGUUAACGAGUUGCCAGCAGGAUCCUGCCCUGUUUGCGAUACUUUUAAGCACAACCGAAACUUCUCUGACAAUGCCGCAGAAUAUCGAGCUCGGUGCCACUGGGGAAGCCUCCAAACAGGACAGCAGCAAAAUGGAAGACAUGACUGUGGAACAGAUGACCAUGAGGGCCAACCAAGUGACUGACGAGUCACUGGAAAGCACAAGGAGGAUGCUGCAGAUGGCAGAGGAGAGCAAACAGACCGGCGUCAACACCAUGGUGAUGUUGGACGAGCAAGGAGAGCAGCUGAGGCGUGUGGACCAGGGCUUGGACCAGAUUAACCAGGACAUGAGACAGGCUGAGAAAAACCUGACUGACCUCUCAAAGUGUUGUGGCCUCUGUGUCUGCCCCUGUGACAGAGUUUCGUCAAUUGAACACGACUCACGAUACAAGCGUACCUGGGGUAUUGGAGGCGGCGGUGGCGAAGAUGACUCCAACGGCUCAAAAGUAGUCUCCAGUCAGCCAUCAGGUGUUCGCAAUGGCCAGACUGCCCAGGUGAACGCCCCGGAACCAUCAGGCCCAUACAUCAAGAGGAUAACCAAUGACGCACGCGAGGAUGAGAUGGAGGACAAUCUGAAUGCAGUGGGCGGCAUCAUUGGCAACUUGAAAUCUUUGGCUAUUGACAUGGGUGAAGAGAUAGACAAGCAGAACAAACAGAUUGACGGCAUCACUUCCAAGGCGGAAAUGAACAAAGUUCGUAUUGAUGAAGCAAACCAGAGAGCCAACAAGCUCAUCAAAUAAACAAGAAACCCUGCUUCUGCCAGUUUUAUCCAUCAAACCUGAGCCUCUGUCGCCACACCCAUACACACACUGCAUACUUGCACACAUGCACGAACACACACUUUGACAUAAAUAAAAAACAAAGAAAUUCUGUCGGAGAAUAUUUUUUGCCAGUAGUGUGCUUGCUUUUACUGUACUAAGGUGCAAGUAAAAUGCACAAACAUUUAUAUGUUCUUAGAAAUUGACUGCCACCAAUAUACCCUUUGGCACAUGUAUUCAUACUGGACUUGCAUGUAUUCAUGCUGGACUCUGAGAUACAGCAUGGGCAUCAGAAGCUGCACUAAAGAGGAAGUGACUGACUGCCUAUCGCUGCUGUUUGAUACCAAAUGUGCAACAGACCUGUUGUACCAUAUCUCAACAUUGACAGUAAGGGAAGUAGCACCGCUGCUUUUCUUUUUGUUGCUUUUCUGUUAAACUCAGAAACUAUGAACUGUCUGUCUUUGUCUGUGUGCAUCUCUGGUUUGUAUGGAUGAGGUCACAGAUCCAAGCUCUUAUUUUAUUAUUUUUUAUUUUUUUAAUGAUAUACAGCAAAGCAUUAAUUUAUGCAUCACCCCCUGUUGGUCCUGCCUUGAGACAGCUACAUCUAGUUGAAUCCUAAAACAUUGACUUCUGUCUGAAACAAAUGUAUCUUCCUCAAAUGCUUAUUGGUUCAAUGUGUACUUAAGGUUAUUGAAUUGUGUAUUAUUUUGAGAUACUAUGCUUAUUUAAUUUUAUCAAGCACAAAUGACUUGUGAAUAAAGUUGUUGGGUUUUUUUUUUUUAACACGUUCUCAUGUCAUUUAUGCCAUUUCAGACAUAAAAGUUAUUUCAAAUGUUGUGCUUUGGAGUGAAUCAUGGCAAAUCCUUUCAUGCUGGAAUACAAAGCCACCUACCCCUGAAUGAUAGCAAUUUAAUGUUUUUUGGUUUUUUUUAAUUUUCAUACUGAUGAGAAAUCAUGGUUGUUAACUAUUAGCGAGAAAAUUGUGAGGCGCUGACCUGGCGUUAGAAAUUUAAUAUAUAGCAAUCACUUGUCCUUCAAAUGUGAAGGAGGGUCAAUAAGCAUCAUGAGGAAUGUUCAUCAUUACCUCCUCAAAGCAUCUAGUUGUUUAUAAUAACACUGAAAAUGGGAAACGAGUGGUUGAAUAACAGAUUUGUCAUCAGUGGAUCAACUGCUGUACUUUGUAUGUUUCUUGAGGUUUUUUCACUCUGACCGCUGUGUUGAUGUAAAUACUGAAACAUAAUGUAGCUGUAGUCAUUCUGUUUAUCUUAUUCCAUUCUGCUUUCUUCGUGACCUCCUGGUUAAUAGAGAUUUAUAGCACCCAAGAGGAGAUUUAACAGCCUAUGCAGGGUUCUUACACUGGUCUAGUAAUGUGUGGAAAAUGUGUUUGAUAAUUGCACAGUCUGUAAAAGUAUGAAAACAAAUGUUCAGUCCUGACACACGCGGCUGUACAUUAUUUGUUUAUUUCACAUCAUUUCUCAUAUUAGCUCUUUAUAUCAUUGUCCUUAUGGCAUAUACAGCGGUUUUGUCAUAAUCAACAGGGGAAUCUAGAAAAGAGAGACUGUGCAGGAACUCUAUCAAUUCCUUUAUUGAUGGUCCAUGGUUGUGUUGUAACAGCCACUGUAUCAUUAACGGCUCCUCUUGAUCUGUUCUGUAAAUAGCCAGUUUUUACAGCAAAGCUAUAGUAAAAUGAUAAUAUCUGUUGAUGGAAAGCAUAAUUUGUUUUGUCAAAGCCGGAGCCAGGCUGAGAAAUUACUGCUGGCAGCAAGAUGCUAAAGUAUACAUGUAAAUUGAGUGAUGUUUAAAGGGUAAAUGUAGAAGCAGAAUAAGUCCCGGCAGGGUAUAAGGUCUCACUGUGGCAUAUUGGCUAAUGAUAAAGUAAUUCAGUAUGCUGAAAGUAUCUCUUAUAUGCAUCUUUAGGCAAUUUUUUUGAUUAUUUGUAUGCUCUGCUGCAGGCCUAUUGAGUUUGUAAAGAUUGAAAUGAACUGUUAUUCAGGGCUUUGUAUUGCUAUAAGUGAUCAUCCUCAGCCAGUUACUUGUCAGCUAAGAUCUAAUUAGUCUAGCCUAAGGCUGCCCCGCUGUCUUGAGGCUGUUUAUUCAUUGUUGUAACAACAGCCAGUGGAAUGUAAAUCCAACCGUUUUGUCUAUUUUGAAUAUGUUCAUAUACAGCUUGUCUUAUCUGAAAUUAGCUCGGUUAACGGAUGACUGUUCAGCAAAGUAAAAAUGCCUUUUGUUUCACGCCUGCCUCUGUUAAAUUGUUUGUACUCAAUAAAACUAUUUUGAAAUUCA